CCUAAUGAUUCUGCACACUGUGUGUGUGUGUGUGUGUGUGUGUGUGUGUGUGUGUGUGUGUGUGUGUGUGUGUGUGUGUGUGUGUGUGUGUGUGUGUGCAUGUUUUUCUGUCCCUGUGGGGACUUCAACCUGAAUGCACACAGACUCAUGAGGACUCAUGUCACUGUGGGGACCUAAAUUGAGGUCCCCAUGAGGAAACAAGCUUAUAAAUCAUACAGAAUGAUUUUUUUUUGAAAUUCUAAAAAUGCAGAAAGUUUUCUGUGAUGGGUAGGUUUAGGGGUAGGGUAAGUGUAAGUUAGUGUAACUUGUGGUUGUGUGUGUGUGUGUGUGUGUGUGUGUGUGUGUGUGCGCGCGCCCCUGUUUUUCUUAGGAUGACAGCAUGCAUACGCCACCUAGUGUUGAAGGAAUGUCUACUCGAUCACACAAGUGAAUGCAACAUGCCUAGGUGGUCUUGGCCAAAAGAAUUUAACCGCUUUAACCACUGUCUAAAAGCACUGAACUCUCAAAUGUUUUUCCUUUCUCAUAAUCAGCCAAUAUUUCAAUCUAUGUUAUGGAACUCAAUUCAUUUUUCAAAUUUCUCACUCAGACCAAGCAAAUAAAACAUUUUGUUUAAAUUUGUGUUAGUCACACAGAAUGUAAGCAUACUUCUUAACUAUAGGGGGGCACAAGAUGACUUAAAAAAUGAUUAAAUGUUUUGCAUUCACUAACUUGUAUUCACGCCCAAUCAUUUUAUUUAAUUUUUAUUUAUUUGGUGUGUUACUUAUGUAUUUCCUAAAGAAGAGCAAUAAAGUUUUGUUGACUCAAAUUCGAUAGAUAGAUAGAUAGAUAGAUAGAUAGAUAGAUAGAUAGAUAGAUAGAUAGAUAGAUAGAUAGAUAGAUAGAUAGAUAGAUAGAUAGAUAGAUGUUCUGUUAGUUCUAACAUGUUUAGAUAUUUUUUGUCGAAAACAGCCAUAAACACUAUUUGAGCAAAUCAAUUUGUAGUGUAGAUAGAUAGUAUAUAUAUACCCCAUGAGAACACAGCAGAGAAGAUUGUGUGGUCAGUGAGAGUGAGAUCCUCCGGAUUGUCUGGCGUGGGGAUGGAGGGAAGUUUUCAAGACGAGGGUUUCCGACGCCAUUGUGACGUCAUCCGCGCCUCUUUAUUCACCGCCGACCGCAGCAGCUGCAACAAAUGAACACCCCUGAAUCAUUUGAUAUUUUGUAAUUGCGUUAAAACUUCGAGUAUGCGUCUCCGAAAAGCGUUUUUGUUCCGCGAGAGCGUGAGAAAAUCCAGCGUCUUGAAAGAGGUGAUAAAGUUUUUGGAUUAAAGUUAGUCGCCGCUCACUAACAAAGCCAACCGGAGAAAGUUACCAGCACUACUGCACUAUAGCGGGAUAUCGCCUGGCCUGAGGAGCUGUUUGUCAACAUGUCUGUCCAGUCCUGGGUAGUCGGCAGCCUCCCAUAAUGAACACCUCUAAGAAUGGGACAGCGGUGGCCAACUCCACUAAUGGCCUGGACGACGGUGGGCUUGUGGUCUUGGAGUCUGUCUCUAUCAUCAUCAUAGCCAUAUUGGCAUGUUUGGGGAAUCUGGUCAUUGUGGUGACGCUAUAUAAGAAGCCCUACUUACUGACACCCAGUAAUAAGUUUGUCUUCAGCCUGACUUUGUCCAAUUUGUUGCUGUCUGUACUAACGCUGCCCUUCGUAGCGGCCAGCUCGGUGCAUCGGGAUUGGAUGUUUGGGGUGGUGUGGUGCAACUUCACAGCACUCCUUCAUCUGCUUGUCAGCUCGUCUAGCAUGCUUACACUGGGAGCCAUUGCCAUUGACAGGUACUAUGCCGUAUUAUAUCCCAUGAUCUACCCCAUGAAAAUCACGGGAAACCGAGCUGUGCUCGCCAUUGUUUACGUGUGGCUCCACUCCCUGGCCGGAUGCCUGCCACCGCUUUUCGGUUGGUCCGCUUUCGAGUUUGACCGCUUCAAGUGGACCUGCACGGUGGCUUGGCACAAGGAGAUCAGUUAUACCACCUUCUGGGUUACGUGGUGCUUCCUUCUGCCACUGAUGGCCAUGCUGGUGUGCUAUGGCGUCAUCUUCCGCGUGGCCCGCAUCAAAGCUCGCAAGGUUUACUGCGGUAGCGUGGUGGUUUCUCAGGAGGAGUCCAGCUCUCAAAAGAACGGCCGCAAGAACUCCAAUACGUCCACAUCUUCUAAUGGUAGCCGCAGGAGUCUGAUCUACUCUGGGAGUCAAUGCAAGGCAUUCGUCACCAUUCUGGUGGUGCUGGGGACGUUUUUGACAACUUGGGCUCCGUAUGUGGUAGUUAUCAGCACCGAAGCACUGUGGGGUAAAUACAGUGUUUCUCCACAGAUGGAGACACUAGUCUCAUGGCUUUCCUUUACCAGUGCUGUGUGUCAUCCACUAAUUUAUGGGCUGUGGAACAAGACUGUACGUAAGGAGCUGUUGGGCAUGUGCUACGGCGACCGCUAUUACAGAGAGUCUUUUGUUAUACGGCACCGGACCUCUCGUCUCUUUAGUAUCUCUAACCGGAUAACGGAUCUGGGGAUGUCUCCUCACCUGACGGCCAUGUUAGUGGGUGGUGGGCAGCUCCUGGGCCGUGGUAGCAGCACAGGAGACACUGGCUUCAGCUUUACACAAGACUCAGCUACAGACGUCAUGCUGUUGGACAGCUACACCUCAGAGCCCUCCCACUCGGCCCUCUGUGCUGCCAAUAAGAGAAGAAGUUCUGUCACAUUCGAGGACCAAGUGGAUCAGAUUCCUAAAGGUGACCCCUCAAUUGAACAAGUGACAGCAGACAUCCAUAACUCUUUGGACAGCUUUGCGUCCUCUCUGGCUAAAGCUAUAGAGAAUGAUGCCAAGCUACAACUCUUCGGGGAAUGGACUCAAAUUCCCACAAGUCUGUUUACAGUACGAAACACACAGAGAGCUCCACGUUACCUGGAUGGACAGAGACUCAGGAUGGAAAGCAUCGAUGAAGGAAUAGUUAAAGAUGAUGAUGAUGAAGAGGAGGAGGAGGAGGAGGAGCAUGAGGAAAAAAUAGGUGACACUUCCAUGUAGUUCUUUGAUGAGAACUUCUGUGAACUUCUUAAAGGACCAGAAUCUUACACAAGCUUUUAAAGGUACAGAAUGUUCAACAAGCACGUUUACAAAUAUACAGUUGUUUGUGUAAUCUACAUUUCUAGGUAACAAACUUAUACUUGAUUAUUUUAGCCAGCAACUGCUGCUACUUGCCUUGGUGAGGCCAAAGACCAAUGAUGGCUGUACCUGCAAGGUAUCAGGUACUAGAAGCCCUACUGUCGCUCACCAGAAUAAGUUAUGUUUUUGUAACAUACAAGAUAUUGUAAAAUCAUGUACAGCCCUCAUAUAUUGUCAGGUAUUUUGGCUCUUUUGGGUACUUUAUGUAUUAUGUUUACUCUUUUCUUACAAGGAAACUGUAACCACUCUGUUUUAUAUGUACUGACAGUUUGUGAGAAUGAAUAUCCUAGAGAAAGGCUCCUCUUUUCAAGUUCAUGUUUAUUAAUAUAUUCAAUUUUUUUUUAAGUGCCACAAGGUUUAGAGAAAAUAUAACCCCCAAAUAUUUUGGGGCAUUGAGUAUUUUUUCAGGCAUUCAAUUGACAUUGAAGAAUCAUGUAAAGGACAGAAAGAAACUGGGCAUAAUAAAAGGUAGAAUACCUCUUAAAAUGCAUAUUAUUUUAUCCAUUUUGGUGGAAAAUCUGAUUAAAAUGCUUUGGCUGAAUGUAAUGGUGUGAGAAAGCAAUAUCGAUAUAGUUAUCAUUAUUAAAGUCAUUGGUACAAUUGCACUUGAAGAUUUUACUUUUGAUCAGUGACUGAUCACA